CCCCUCUCCUCACCUCUCUCUUUUCCCUUCUCAGGACCACCAUCGUCUUCUGUCCAGUUUUCCGUCAGAUCUCCGUCAAUCUCCGUCCAAUCUCCAUCCAUCUCCGUCAAGAAAAUGCGUGAAAUCCUCCAUAUCCAGGGCGGCCAGUGCGGCAACCAGAUCGGGGCCAAGUUCUGGGAAGUGAUCUGCGACGAGCACGGCAUCGAUCACACCGGCAAGUACAGUGGCGACUCCGAUCUCCAGCUUGAGCGCAUCAACGUCUACUACAAUGAGGCCAGUGGCGGCCGCUACGUCCCUCGUGCCGUCCUCAUGGAUCUCGAGCCCGGCACCAUGGAUUCCGUCCGGUCUGGCCCUUUCGGCCAGAUCUUCCGCCCCGAUAACUUCGUCUUCGGUCAGUCGGGCGCCGGGAAUAACUGGGCCAAAGGGCAUUACACGGAGGGCGCUGAAUUGAUUGAUUCAGUUCUUGAUGUUGUUAGGAAGGAAGCCGAGAAUUGUGAUUGCUUGCAAGGAUUUCAAGUCUGUCAUUCUUUGGGCGGAGGUACUGGAUCUGGCAUGGGAACCCUUCUCAUCUCCAAGAUCAGAGAGGAGUAUCCAGAUCGCAUGAUGCUGACAUUCUCUGUUUUUCCCUCGCCUAAGGUCUCUGACACUGUUGUGGAGCCAUACAAUGCCACUCUUUCUGUUCAUCAGCUCGUUGAGAAUGCUGACGAGUGCAUGGUUCUCGACAAUGAGGCUCUCUAUGAUAUCUGCUUCCGCACCCUUAAACUUGCCACACCUACCUUUGGUGAUCUUAAUCACCUAAUCUCUGCCACAAUGAGUGGUGUCACAUGCUGCCUCCGUUUCCCUGGCCAACUAAACUCGGACCUCCGGAAGCUUGCGGUGAACCUGAUCCCUUUCCCCCGUCUCCACUUCUUCAUGGUUGGAUUUGCACCCCUGACAUCAAGAGGCUCCCAGCAGUACAGGGCCCUGACUGUGCCAGAGCUUACCCAGCAGAUGUGGGAUGCUAAGAAUAUGAUGUGUGCCGCUGACCCUCGACAUGGCCGCUAUCUGACCGCCUCGGCCAUGUUCCGUGGGAAGAUGAGCACCAAGGAAGUUGAUGAACAGAUGAUCAACGUCCAGAACAAGAACUCUUCCUACUUCGUUGAAUGGAUACCGAACAACGUCAAAUCCAGUGUCUGUGAUAUCCCACCCAAGGGGCUGAAGAUGGCAUCAACGUUCAUUGGUAACUCAACGUCGAUCCAGGAGAUGUUUAGGAGGGUCAGUGAGCAGUUCACAGCUAUGUUCAGGCGCAAGGCUUUCUUGCACUGGUAUACUGGAGAAGGCAUGGACGAGAUGGAGUUCACUGAGGCUGAGAGUAACAUGAAUGACUUGGUGGCCGAGUAUCAGCAAUACCAAGAUGCAACCGCAGAUGAUGAAGAGUAUGAGGAGGAAGAGGAGGAAGAGAUAGCAGACUGAGGUAUUUCCUAGUCCGAAUUCUCCUCUGUGGGGUUCUGGUGAGCACGUUUGAUAUCGUUCUGUAUUCUGAGAUUAGAAUUGUUGUGUGUUUAUUUGUGCGCUGUCUGUACGAAUGGGGUGGGUUUUAUGAUUUCUAGCUGAAAAUUUCUAGUGAUAUUAACAUUCUAUGACUAUUGCUUUUUUCGUGCU